GUAGUGUAGCCCUCCCAGCGUUUUAGAAGCUUCUGUUGUUUUUCCACAAUGGACGACUGGGGGUGGAGCUACGGAUAACAGCUAAUGUUGAGCUAGUUGUUAACAUUGGGCCAAGACUGAAGCAAGGAGCUGUAGUGGGUCUGGAGACUAAAGUUUGGUGUCUGUAGUGGGGUAGAGACGCGCAGAAAUGGCCGGGACUGCGCUAAAACGGCUAAUGGCAGAGUACAAGCAACUGACUCUGAAUCCCCCUGAAGGAAUAGUGGCAGGACCCAUCAAUGAAGAAAAUUUUUUUGAAUGGGAAGCCUUGAUCAUGGGCCCUGAAGAGACUUGUUUCGAGGGUGGUGUAUUCCCUGCAGUCUUAAGCUUUCCACUUGACUAUCCACUAAGUCCACCCAAGAUGCGAUUCACCUGUGAAAUGUUUCAUCCCAACAUCUAUCCUGAUGGAAGAGUGUGCAUAUCGAUCCUGCAUGCCCCUGGAGAUGAUCCUAUGGGAUAUGAAAGUAGUGCAGAGCGCUGGAGCCCUGUGCAAAGCGUUGAGAAAAUCCUCUUGUCAGUUGUUAGUAUGUUGGCAGAACCAAAUGAUGAAAGCGGAGCCAAUGUGGAUGCAUCCAAAAUGUGGCGUGAAGACAGAGCACAGUUCAACAAGAUUGCCCAACAGCUUGUGAGGAAAUCCCUAGGACUAUAAACAGCAGUAUUUUAUGGACUGGUUAUCUCGGUGCUGUUUUCCUGCUGCUGGAUUGGCAGAAACCCUCAUGCCUAAAAAUACAUCUUAUGUUUUUGCAGUUUAUUUUUUUUUGGUGAAAUGGGAUCAUUUUGCACUAGCACCUUGCCCCCCCACCACCUUUUUUAUUCGCGUGUGACACUAUCAAAAAUUAAGCUUUACUUUGCUGACGAAGGCAUAAAUCAAUCGGUGGCAUAUCUGAGCAACAGUCUCAAUGUCACUCAGUUGCAAGCCUGUCGCUGUUAGUCUUGGACACUUUUAAUCUGAUGGAAAUGAAACUCCAGCAGAUGUCACUGCUGUGGUUACUGGAGCUGGAUUCAAGUUUCUUUUAACCUGAAAGUGUGUAAACAUAUCUCAUGUUGAACAUGUUUACUAUUUACUUCACUCUGGGGAUGCUGUAUGCUGUUAGUUUGCCUUUUGCUUUUUUAGCCAGAUCAUUGCUUUUUAGAAUACAAUUUUAAAGUGUGGCUGGUCCCCAGGGUUGAGGUUAGGCAGGCUGGGAGAAGUUAGAAUAAACUGCUCUGGAAUUGUGUACUCUGUCAGCUCUAGAUUGUUUUGGCAGCAGUACAAGAGGUUGUAUACAGUCUCUUAUGUUAAAAAAAAAAAAAAGAUCCUUGUGUGUUAAGUGACUUUUGCUUAUUUUGUUUUCAUUUGUUUUUGAAGGACUUGCUUAGUUUAUCUCUUUUUAAAUGCAAAGUGGUAUGAUGAUGCUUUAUUAUUGAAAGCCGUUUGUUUUCAUGAUGUGUGGUGACAGUGACUUUUUGCUUUCCCAAUUUUUUAAUCCCUUUGAAAGUUAUUCAUUACAAAUGAUACCAUCUGUUACUGCUUUAAAGGUGCAUUGAAAAAUGAGGUAUGGGGCUACACAUUUACUGGUCUUGAGGGAAUGUUUUAAGUACUGAGUUGGCGCCUACUGCUGUGAAGUAUAAACCCAGUAGUAACCAGGCAGAAUACACAUAUUGACUUGUUCUUUAGAACAAACUUUCCUGUAACACCUCUGCUAUUUGUGGUAGCCUGCGUGUUUUCUUUUUAAAGUAAAAAUGAAAAAGAACUUGCAGUGUUAGCUCUCUAUUUCUCAGCAGAAACAGACUGUGAAAACCAAAGCUUCCUUACCUCAAGGAUGAGUGUACCCCAGUUAUUUCUGUUAGUUUAGGGAGCUGUUUUAAGAAGCUGAUUAACAUUUUUGAUUUUGCUAUAAUCAGAAAAAAUGUUCAGCCUCAUCUCUGCAUCGUAAUGCAGACUUAAAAUUUUUGUUCCGUCUGUAUUGUUUACUGUGUUUUAUUCCUCUAUCUUGUAUUUACUGCAUUGCUGCAGAGUGUAAUUACUGUUAUACAUAAUGCCUUCCUAACCCAUUCAGUCAGGAUCUCCUUAUGGUGUAUUUCAUCUUCAAGCAGAGUAAGUCUGUUUUAGGGCUUGCAUUUAGUAGCUGAAUUCAUUUUUUAUUUGGCUAACUUGUCAGUAGAUGACCCUUUCCUGACUGUGAUGUUAGACAUUUUAUACAUUAUCACAGUUAUAGUGUUGUAUUUCUUGCCAGUAUGUAUAUAUCCAAAUAAAUAACUAUAUACGUGUAUACAUACUUACAUAUAUGCAGAGCGAAGAGAGGGCUGGAUGAAUGGCCCUAUCCUCCGUUGUAAUUUCUGCUUUGUACUGCAUCCCCCUUUUGAAAGGGACAUCAUUACUGAUUGUGCUGGUUAUGGUGAUCCAGCCACAUAACUUUCUGAAGUGGAGGCUUUUGUGACCUGCACUAAUCUCUCCUCCUCUUACCAAAGGUUGAGGGCCACUACCACCAUUACUGGUAGUAAUGCACCUUUCUCCUCAAGAAUGAUUCACUGCUUGCAGGUCCUGGAUCGUGAAUUUCUAUUGUGAAACAAAUGGGUGUGCCAUGUUUUCACGCGGAACAGUAUUUUUUUUUUCUGAAGGUGGUGAAUAACACUGCAGUUGGUAUUGGACACUGUUCCCUUUCUGAAAGGAUGUUUCUUCCACAUGUAGAUAGGCACUCCCUUUCCAAAGAAAAAUAUCACACCAUUGUCCAUACAUUGUAUUUGAAGGGGGAAGAUACCACCACAUGAAUGCCAGGUACUAACGGUGUUUGUCCUUUCUUUCUGAGUAAAUGACUACCACCUGUGCUUUGCAUAGUGUUUACCCUCUAAAAGGAAUUUCACCAGCAUGAAAACUGUGUAUUUCACUCCUGUCGGAAGUGGUGGAGGCUGUACUGGAUUCUGUUCUGAAGGGAGAUGGACAUGUCAGUGACUCUUGCGUGAAGUGGUGGUACUCAUUUUGUGAUUGGAGUUGUCUGAUGUUUGUAGAGUGCAUUGACCAUUUCUCCUGAAAGGUGAUACGACUGAAAUUCUUUGGGUCAAUCCUUAUUCUAAGAAGGAAAUGGCCACCUUCAUCUGUUACGGUCAUGUGCCUCCUUUGUGAAGGAGAUCUUUGUACAACUUUGCAUGUUCUUUCUUUUGGAGACGGUUAUUUGUUGGCAUUUGUACUCAGAGGUUCCUCUUUUGAAGAGGAUGUGACCAUCAUCUGUGUUUGGCAUUUCAGUUACUUUCUGAAAGGCGAACAUAUGUCAGGUUUGACGGGCACUGUUACUUUUCUGAAGGAAUUCUAUUGAUGCUUUCUUUCUGAUGAUUCUGUUACUGUCUUGUCUAAUAGACCCUGUGAUUCAUUUUUUAAAGGGACAGUUGCUGUCCAUGCUGAUAUUUGCUUUCUUUGUUUUUUAUUGAUUUGGGAUGUUUAAAUUGAAUGUCCUUUUCCUGGCACCCUGAGUAAAGGAUUUAUGCUGGGAUCCAGGGGUGGUGGUGUUGCUGUUGUAACACUGAUAUGAAAGGGGAAGAAGUAUCGCAAAAUGUGUCACUUGGCAGAUAACGUUCAGCAAAAAGCAUGCUUUAUUACUUUUGCAGAGGUGUUCACUGUAUUAGGAGAGUAAAGUUGGUCCUAGAAUACAGGGUUCUGUACCUGCGUACUGAACUUAUUGGCAGAGAUCCAAAGUUUAAGUUUGUUAAAGAAAAUAGAACGAAACUUGGUCCUGAUUAGAAGUAAAUCCUUUGUUAGUUACUGAAAUUUACAUGUUAUAGGUACAGUUUUUAUUUUUUUAUAUGCUUUGAGUCAGCACUUCAUGCAUGUCAUGUUUACACAUAACUUCACAUAACUUAGGUGUUUGCAUUUCUUUGCCAUUACUGAAAUUUCAGUCUGAAUUAAACGUACACCUUUUGUGGUAUGCUGAUUAGAGAAUUGUGUGCGUUUCUGAUAUGCUUUAAAUGCAUUGUGGGAUGCUAACUUAUCCUUUCUGACAAAAUAUUGCUUUUUUUAUCUUGUUUUCCCGUACAGUUAAGGAAAUCACAUUUCUUCACUAUAUGCAAAUUUUGAAUUGCAGAAUAUUGCAUCAUGUUGAAUGAAUCAUAAAUGGGGAAAAAAUUCUUAGUGUGGCAGUAUUUUGAUCAAGAUCCUCUUGUAAAGGGGUGGAGCAUACUGUAUUUCUGCAUGCUUUUGAAAAUUUGACCGUGCUACUCAACUUUUUAAAACAUUUGUUUUAUAAUAGAAAAAAAAAUUAAACAUUCAAUAAAGAAUUUAAUUAUGGAAA